ACCAGGUAAGAGAUCCCUACUCAAUUAAUCAAGUAAUGGAGGGGGAGGCUAUCAAAAGAUACAUAGAGAAGUUCAGAUCAAUCACAUGAUCAGUUGUUUCUCUGUAAUCAUCUUGUACAUUCUUCUUUGAAAACUAACUUUUCAACCAUGGCUGAUAAGACUAAGAAAAAGACUAAAAAGAAGGAUGAUGCAAAAGCAGCUCCAGCAGCAGAAGCUGCACCAGCUCCAGCUCCCGAACCUGAACCAGUACCAGAAAAACCACCAACACCCGCAGAAACUCCAAAGUCCUCUAGAUCUAGUAGAGAAAGUCGAGGAAGCAGAAAAGUCAAACGCACAGGAUCCAGUGUGUUUUCUAUGUUUACUCAAAAACAAGUCGCUGAGUUUAAAGAGGGAUUUGCACUGAUAGAUCAUGACAAAGAUGGUGUUAUUGGAAAGGAAGACUUAACAUGGAUCUUUGAUCAAGUUGGAAAAUUGGUAGAGGAGAGUGAUGUAGAAGCAAUGUUAGAGGAAGUACCUGUACCUAUUAAUUUCACACAAUUUCUUCAUUUAUUUGCAGGACGCCUGUCACAAGGAGGAACCGAUGAUGAUGAUGUCAUAAUUAAAUGUGUCGCCACAUUCGAUAAUGGUCAAGGAAAAAUUGAUGGCGAAAGAUUCAGGCACGCCUUGACAGUUUUCUGUGACAAAUUCACGAACAAGGAAGUAAAUGAAGCAUUCGACCAUUGUUUCAUUGAUGACAAGGGUAGGAUUGAUAUUGAGAGUCUUAUCAACAUGUUGAUUGGUAAAGAAGAUGAAGAUGAUUAAUGCUAAAGUUUUACAUACAAAAAUCGAUUGCUUGCUGGUAAAAUUUUUUCAUAUUUUCUUUAAAAUAAUAAUGACUGUUCAUGCGCACAUAAUAAGUGUAUUUAAAAACAUCAUACCGACGGCUGUGAUUUUCAUAAACAAUAAUGACACAAAAAAUAAGGAUAAAAUAAUCUUUUUGACGUAAAAAAUUUGUUAUUUGAAUAUUGUGCUGUCGAAGAAAAACUUAUUUCCAAUAUGACAUAUUCCCCAGCGGACAUUGUCAUUUCUUUGUAUAGAUACAUAAGUUCUCACAUAAUUUAUAAAACUGUAUCUGUCAUAAAAUAAAUUAAUUGUAAAGAUAUCGUAAGACCAAUAA